UGCCGUUGUACAAAACAACCUUUACUAAGGUUGAACUUAGUUACUAAGGUUAAUCUUAAGGUAACCUUAUCAAAAAGUUACGCCCGUUGCACAAAACUACCUUUGGACAACCUUAACGUGGACAGGAUACUUAGCGGCAACCUUAACUAAGGUUGAACUCUUUAGUGUGGGAGACUCAAUUAUGUCCGUAGUUACGGUUGAGAGUUAUCUCCCCUGCUCGCAUCUGCAGACGACUAAUAUUGCUACUUCAACAUGACACAGCCGUCUACCAGCGCACAGAAACGGUGUCGGCAAUCAAACUUUACAUCAAGUGAGCUGACACUCUUGGCCGAUGAAGUCAAGUGUCGCAGCCAUGUUUUAUUCGGCGCAUUUUCUUCAACAAUCACCAAUCAAUCCAAAAUGAGGGAGUGGGAUGCAAUAGCCGCAAAAGUAAAUGCCUGCUCGUCUGUUGAGAGAACAGGGGCUCAAUUGAGAAAAAAGUGGAAUGAUUACAAAUCUCAGGUAAAAAGAAAGGCCAUGGAUGUCCGCAAAGAAUCGUCCAAAACAGGAGGCGGUCCGGCACCAUCACCUUUGACUGAUCUGGAAUUCAAAGUUGUAUCACUGAUUCCACAGUGUCAAAUUGAAGGAAUAGCUGGUGGACUGGAGUCUGAGGUUGGUGAAACUUUCCCUACACUCAACGCAUUGAAUGAAGGUGACCUUGCCACAGUGGACUUCUUUGAUACAAUUAUCACAAGUGAAGAGACACAGACCCUUGAAACACCUGGUCCUAUCUUUAUGUGUGGGAACACUGGCAGUGAUGAGGCUUCAUCAAUGAGUCAACCUGUGGAAUCAGCAGAAAUGAGAGUAGAUGAGACAAGUCAUUCUUCAGUCACAAAUGCUAAGGAUAUCAAGAUGAACAGAUCCAGACAAAGAAGAUAUGAAAACUCACAGCAGCCACCGAAGCACAUUGCCUCAAUAAUUGACGUUGAGACAGCCAAAGCAGAUGCCCUCAAGGAGCUAAUAGAUGUGCAAAAGAGGAUGCUCAGCAUAUCAGAGGAGCACUUGGUGGUACAGAGAGAAAGGCUUGACCUGGAGAAAUCCAAAUUUGAACUUUUGCAACGUCUUUUAAUGAAUCCAGGAAAUAGAUCUCCAAAUACUUUGUCCCCAGUCAUCAACUUUAUGUUAUCCUCCUAACCGUGCCAGCACCCCAGCUGAUGUAUCUGACUAGUGUUUUAAGGUUUUAUAUUAAGUGAGAUUAAUACAUAUUGUGUAUAGAGAGAGUUAACAACCCUUUUAUUUUCUGCCAAUACAUUUAUGUUCAUGC